ACUAGUAAAAGUUUCCAACUGAAGAUAAAGAUGAAGAGAACCAACUUAUUUCCGUACCUGCUCUCCAUUGCAGCUCUGUUCCUUUUAGCUUGUUUCAUCCCUUAUUCUUCAGCUCUCAAGCUUGGGCAAACAUGCGUAUUGGACAAGAACUGUGACACGGGUUUGCACUGCGAAACCUGCGUUGCCAACGGCAACCUUCUGCCGAGAUGUACUCGGAUUCAGCCGGUGAUUCCCACAACAAAGGUUAAAGGGUUACCCUUCAAUCGGUAUUCAUGGCUGACGACCCACAACUCCUUUGCCCUUUUGGGAGCUAAAUCUGCUAUUGGCUCUGUUAUUCUCACUCCUGAAAAUCAACAAGAUUCCAUCACUAGUCAGCUCAAUAAUGGUGUUAGAGGUUUCAUGCUUGAUAUGUAUGACUUUGAGAAUGACAUUUGGUUGUGUCACUCCUUUGGCGGCAAUUGCUACAACUAUACAGCCUUUCAACCUGCGAUUAACGUAUUGAAAGAGAUUCAAACCUUUCUUGUUGCAAACCCAUCAGAGAUCAUCACCAUUAUGAUCGAAGACUAUGUCACUUCUCCAAAGGGAUUGACAAAGGUCUUCGAUGCUGCAGGCCUCAGAAAAUUCUGGUUUCCAGUAUCUCGGAUGCCCAAAAAUGGUGGAGAUUGGCCAACAAUUGAUGAUAUGGUACAGCAGAAUCAACGUCUAGUGGUCUUCACCUCUAAAUCAGCUAAGCAGAUCUCAGAAGGAAUUGCUUAUGAGUGGAAUUUUGUUGUGGAGAACCAAUAUGGUAAUGGUGGGAUGAAAGCGGGUUCCUGUCCAAACCGUGCGGAAUCAUCUCCCAUGAACAGAACAACAAAAUCACUUGUCCUACAGAACUACUUCCCUGAUGCUCCAAACCCAGCGGGAGCUUGCAAAGAUAAUUCAGCUCCCCUUAUGAACAUGAUGAACACUUGCUACAAAGCAGCUGGUAAUCGGUGGCCAAACUUUAUUGCUGUUGAUUUUUACAAGAGGAGUGAUGGAGGGGGUGCCUUUGAUGCUGUAGAUGUAGCUAAUGGUCAUCUGGUCUGUGGGUGUACCAACAUUGCCUAUUGCAAGCCAAACGCCACCUUUGGAGCAUGUGACACCGCAGAACCAGAGGCUACUCCUACACCUGCAGCGGCUUCAAAGACCAGUGCUGCGUCCUUGGAGAGAAGACCGUUCCAACUGCGGUGGUUCAUUGGGGCAGUCUCAAUCAUUGCUGUAUCAUCGCUACUAUGGUUAUAGGUUCUUUCAGAUCUGACUCGGAUCCUGACUCGUUGUAGCUCAUUAGCAAAGCUUCACAAGGGAUCCG